AUGUUUAGUUUGGUCGACGCAAAGAACAAGGUGCCCGACCACCAGCGCUUCUACCAGCAAGCCUACAAGGCCCACACCCGCGUUUGGAAGAUUGGCCCGCGGUCUCGUUGGUACAUGACGCCCUACCUCAUCGUCCUCUGGGGCACAUUCGGAGCUUCCAUGUACUCUGCCGGACGGAAGGUCAUGGGUCACAACACCUGGUUCGGCAAGGAGUAA